ACCAGUCGUCCUCUACUCCGAAUCUGAAACAGUGGACGACUUCACCUUCGUCGACGCCCAGCAGCCUCCUAGUCUAGUAUCUGCAGGAGGCGGCGGUUUCAUAGGCCUGCCGCUGCUAUACCCAGUCUUGGCCGGCCGAGAUCCCCUCCGCGGGCUGCUCCGGAGACGGCCACCACGCGGUAUGAGCAUGAUCCACUUGACCAGCUGCUGGUACUCCAGCGCGUGUACUGCUUGCCAUUGCCUGGCACAUAGUGCCAGCACGCGUGUGCUGUCGGCCAAGGCAACUGCCAGGCACAUACUGCCAGCACAUGCUUGCCAUUACUUACUCCAAGAUUUAUAUUUUGUUGAAGAUAGAUUCUGGGCGCCAGGAGGGAAGCAACUGCCAUGGCUGGCUACUUGCUUUUUACUCUGUUGGUCUGGCUACUUGUUGUUUGGUCUGAAGCUUAUUCAUCUUGUGCUACUUGCUUUUUGCUCCGUUGGUUAGCUCUUAGUUGCUACCUGUUGUAGCUGGGUUUUUAUAUAGAGCGUAAUAGCUUAUGAUAUGUUUGUCUAAAUAUAUUGAAUCUCAGUCUACAAUUUCUUAUUAAUCUGAACUUGUAAAUUAUUUGAAUAUUUCUCACUGUAUUGACCCUACUAUAUUCUUCAACGUUGCUAUAUUAUAUGAGAGGUAGCACAACUAUAUAAGUGCAUGAUUAAAAUUUACAAAGUCUGACAUGUUUUGGAGGCGGCUAAUGCCAAAGUCUGACAUGUUUGGUCGUGACUAGCGACUCUUAAUGAUUCGAGGGCAGGUAGGCUUUCGUGGUUCAGUUUCUGGGGUCUCGAUUUCUUAGAUUCCUGAUCGU